UGUUAUUCCAAGCAGUUCUUUUUUUUUUCGCCAUAUACUCUAUAUAAAUAACACUGGAUGGUUUCCGCCUAGAUAACCAGGAUCGUUUAGUGAUUUUUUUCGCUUCGCUCGGCUUCCUACAACAAACCAAACUUCAGGCAAGGAAAUGGGUCGUUUGUUGGUCCUCCUGGUUGCGCUGAGGCUCUUCGCUGUCCUGGUGAACUCCUUCCCCACACAGGAGCCCGAAAACGGGAAGAACUGGGUGGUGAUCGUUGCGGGCUCGUCUUCCUGGUACAACUACAGACAUCAGGCGGACGCAUGUCACGCCUACCAGAUCGUACACAAGAAUGGCAUCCCGGACGAGCAGAUUGUGGUCAUGAUGAUGGACGACUUGGCACAAGCUGAGGAGAAUCCCACACCCGGCAUCCUGAUCAACAGGCCCAACGGUAGCGAUGUGUACAAGGGUGUCCUAAAGGACUACACUUCUGAAGAUGUCACUCCUGAAAACUUCCUGGCUGUGCUGAAAGGUGACUCCUCCAAAGUGAGAGGAGGCUCCGGGAAAGUCUUAAAGAGUGGUCCCAACGAUCACGUCUUUGUUUAUUUCACUGACCACGGAGCGCCCGGAAUUCUGGCCUUCCCCAACGGAGAGCUGCACGUCAAAGACCUCCAGGAGACCAUCCAGUACAUGCACGACAAUAAGAAGUACAAGAAGAUGGUGUUCUACAUUGAAGCCUGUGAGUCGGGGUCGAUGAUGAGCCAUCUGCCUGACGACAUAGACGUUUAUGCCACCACAGCAGCCAACUCACACGAGUCAUCGUACGCAUGUUACUAUGACGCCGAGCGUGACACCUACCUGGGAGACUGGUACAGCGUCAACUGGAUGGAAGAUUCCGAUGUGGAGGACUUGUCCCGGGAAACGUUGUUGAAACAGUUUCGAAUUGUGAAGAAUCACACCAACACCAGCCACGUGCAGCAGUUUGGAAAUAAAACUCUGGCCCACAUGAAGGUGGCGGCUUUCCAGGGGACGCGGAAGAGCGGAGCCGUCGUCCCCGGCCCGUUGCCUCCCGUCGGCCAACUGGACCUGACGCCGAGUCCCGACGUUCCCUUGGCCAUCCUCAAGAGGAAGAUGAUGGCCUCCAACGACAUCGGCGUGGCCCGGAGUCUCCUCUCGGAAAUAGACGCUCACCUCAAGGUCAGGGAGAUGCUAGCGGCGACCAUGCGUCAGAUCGCGGAGAGGGUGACGGGCAACCGUUUUGAGGCUGAGAAGGUGGUCAACGAAAGGAGGGACCUGACGCAGCACCGGUGCUACCGAACUGCUGUGGACCACUACAAACACAACUGCUUCAACUGGAACAAAGCCAAGUAUGAGUAUGCACUGAGACAUUUGUACGCUCUGGUCAACAUGUGCGAGAGAGGCUAUGCCGCUGACAGAAUCCAGAUGGCCAUGGACUCGGUGUGCCACUUCAGCGAGUGAACAAAACCCCUCAAAAUAUGAAAGCUGCUUGAUUACUGGUUUUACGAACACGCGCUUAACUUUUUUUAUGUUUGUUUUUGCAAUGGGUGUGUUUUUGAUUUUAAGACGAAUUGCACUUUUGAAAGGUUUCUGAAUGACUUUUUAAUGAUUGUGUGCUUUUAAGAACAUAUUUGUGUCCAUUAAAAAGGUGAAAUACCAAAAAUAAAGCUCAAAUGUUGUCGUGAA